CCACGCGCAAGUCAACAACUAGCAUACGGAAUCAGUCCAACCGAGAACGAGGCGGCGCCCCACAUUUCUCAGCCGUUGCUAGGUUUAUAUUUUUUCAUUAACAUUUCUAAUAUAAAAUUUGACACUUUUACACAUCUAAUAUAUUUACAAUGGAUACAACUGAUGCGUGGAGAACUUAUGCAACAAUAUGCAGACUUUGUUUGCAGAAAGAUGGUUUUAUGUUGGGCAUAUUUAAUCACAUACAAGGAAAGGACAAAAGCAUUUACAAGAAGAUUAUAGAUUGCACUGCUUUGCAAAUAACAUUUGGAGAUGGUUUGCCAAACGUAAUAUGUCACCGUUGUCUCUACAAAGUCGAAUUUUGUUUAGAAUUCCGACAACUAUGUUUCAUGUCCGAUGCAACUCUUCGUCAAAUAAAUGGUGUAUCGGGUCCAAGACGAGAAAAUGGAUUUUCGCAAAUUCCUCUGUACGAACAACUUGGUAAUGCGAACGACGAAGAUGUGGUUAUGGUUGUCGAUCCAACUGCAUUGGAUUACGAUUCCGAAUUUGAGAGUGAUAAUGAAAGGCAAAGUGAUAAUGAUGCCCUGGAAAACAACGAUUAUGACUGUAAAAAUAUAUCAAUGUGCAAGUUUUGCGACCAUGCUUUUACAGACAAAAAUGAAUGUUUCGAACACGAGUCUGUUGCCCAUAAUAAUGAAAUUCCAUAUUCGUGCUCGGAAUGUAGCAUGGACUUUUCCGAUAGACUGCAAUAUUCAGCCCAUCUGAAAAGUGUUCAUCAGAAUGAUAAGCCAUACAACUGCCCUCAGUGUGAUAAAACUUUUGCCCGAAGAUCGGACCUGCGAAAACAUACGGUUGUCCAUACGGGCAUUAAACCGUUUACGUGUACUGUCUGUUCCAAGUCGUUUUCAAGAAAUACAAACCUGUCCAAACACAUGAGAAUUCACUCCGGACAAAAACCGUUUGUUUGUUCAAAGUGUCCGAAAACCUUUAUUUCGAAAGGAGAUCUUACUCGCCAUGGAAUGAUUCAUUCUGGCCAAAAACCAUUUCAUUGCAACUACUGCAACCUAAGUUUUGCUAGAAAAGAUAAGUUAUUAAGGCACGAGAAAAAGCAUUUCGUUCAAGAUUCAACCGAUAAAACUGAAGAACUACAGAACCUUAGAGAAAAUUUAGGGUUGGAAUUUGAUAAUGUUAAUUCAAACCAAAGCGAAUGUUUUGCAGAAGAAAAAACAGCAGAGGGAUCUGAAAAUAUGGUCAUUAAUUUGGAUCCAUUUAAUCACAAUAAUUUUAAUUCGACUCCUAAUCGGGAUAUUGCUUCUGAAAGCGAACAAAAUGAUGUGCUGUCAAUUCAAAAACAAGACUCAGACGUCGCAGAGGGUUCGAGUAUACCCCAAGUGCCUGCUCAUAUAACUGGCGAUAGUUUUUCCAACGGAACCCUGGCGAAUGGAAAACCCGCCGCCAUUAAAAAUCACCAAUGCACCAUAUGCAACAGGAGAUUUUUAACCCCCGAUAAUUUACGCUAUCAUCAUGCCUCACAUACUGGGAUCAGACCCUUUAGCUGUAGCACAUGUAAUAAAAGUUUUAUAAGAAAAAGGGAAUUAGACAGACAUAUUGUGACCCACACAGGUAUGAGGCCUUUCAAAUGCACCAAAUGUAACAAAAGUUUUGGUAGAAAAGAUAAACUUGUACGGCACAUGCGCAUUCAUGAUGUCAAUAGGGAGCAUAGUUGUUUAACAUGUGGUGCCUUAUUUAGCAGAAAAGACGCCUUGAUUCAGCAUAGUAAAGUUCACGUUAAAGAAGAAAUUGUGUAAUUAAUUAGUUUAUUAUCAUUUAAAAAAAUUGUUGAUUUUUGUCCUGGCAAAUAAAACCCUUGUUUUUAGCUGUUAAGUAUACUUAUGUAUAUGACAUAACAUUAGUAGUUAUAAUUUGAAACAUUUUUUGUUUUUGUUUUUGAGACUAGCUGUUAAGUAUACUUAUGUA